AUGACUCAACGCCGGAUAGUGCACAGAUCAUUCGACGCCGCCUUGCCCAGAGCCUGGCUCACCCACUGUCAGGGUCACCACCCGGAGUGUUCACCGAAGCGCCCAGUUCCGCAGACGAACCUGAUCGAUUGCAUUGAGCGUAACAUCGUCCCCUCGAGCUUUGCACAGGACAAGCGGUUCAUUGCUCUGAGCUAUGUCUGGGGCAAGGCUCCCUCCAAGCAACAGCAACAAACGCAGCCAACCUCUUCCAGCUCUGCAGCACUGGGGCUCCCAGUACCUCUCCCGCACACGAUAGCUGAUGCCAUGACUGUCACCCAGGCUCUCGGCUUCCGCUACCUAUGGGUAGACCAAUAUUGCAUCAACCAAACAGACCCAGCCGACAAAGCCCGGCAGAUCAGCCAGAUGGACCUCAUCUACAAGUGCGCCGACCUCACCAUCAUCGCUGCUGCUGGUGACAGCCAUGACUACGGGCUCCCAGGUGUUGGAGAGCGGCCACGGAGCUUGCCUGAGCCCUUCAUCCUUGACGAUAGGUUCAAGUUCGGAGUCCAUCCACUGCGUGAAACUACAUGGCGACAGUCCACGUGGAAUUCCCGCGCGUGGACAUUCCAGGAGGGCCAGUUGCCGCGCAGGCGGCUGCUUUUCGCCGAGGAAGGGAUGGUGUUCGAGUGCGCGCACCCUGCGGGCGGCGUGCAAGUGGAGAAUCAUGUGAGCAUCGAUUGCGCGGGCGACGACGCCGCCUUGGUGCAGCAGUUCGAGGAGCAGUCGUCCAAGAGCCUGAUUGCGCGAAUGGGAAUCGGCAGUCAGCUUCUCUCGCUGGAUUUAGACACAAGCAACAACGAUCUGACCUGCCUGGGAGAGAAGCUGGUCAGCUGCUUUGUCCAGUAUCUAGAUUUAUUGAAGGAAUACUGCAAGAGAGAAUUGUCGUUUCCUUCGGACGGGCUUCAUGCGUUUCAAGGCGUGGCCAAUGUGUUUGAGAAGGCCCCGCUUCCUGUCUAUAACGUUGCCGGCAUCCCCUUCAUUGUGGCAGGUGAGACUGGUUCUCAACUCCAAGUCUCUUCAGCAGAGGCCAGCUUCGCAUAUGGACUGGCAUGGACCACAUGGACUUCAAGGCAACCGUCGGCACAGGAUGGCUCAUUCCCAUCCUGGACG